CCUUCCCCUGUCCCUCCAUCAGAAGCAUCAUGAGUGUGUGACCAGUUCGGAGUUCCUGAUGUCUCUGAGGUCAGGGAAGCAGGGGGACUGCCCCCCUCCCCAGCGAGCCACAGGAUUCACUGCCGCCUGCGUGGAGAGCUGCUCCAAUGACAAACACUGCUCCGCCUCCACGAAGUGCUGCUCCAAUGGCUGCGGACACACCUGCCAGGCUCCAGCCAAUCUCUAUAAAGGUGCGUCUUACUAUAGGUCUGUGUUAAGACAAAAAUACAUGCAUCUGACUGAACCAUGUGCUGUGUGUCAGUAGCAGUAACUAGCCUUUGUUCUUCAUCACCUCUAUGACAAGUAAAAGCAAAAAGGUGUAUACCUACCUGUGCUUUUACUCAGUGUUCUCCUCACCUGUCCCAGGUGUACCUCUGAAGCCCAGGAAGGACAUGUCGUUCCUGGAGGACCAGCCGGGUCAGCUGGAGGUCAGAUGGAUGUCAAGGUUCAACGUGACCAUUGAGCCGGUCCUCUACAUCCUGCAACGCAGGUGGAACCACGGGAUACACCCCAACGAGGAUGACGCUUCGCCCUGGCACACCGUCUUCAUGGUAACCAGCCCGACCUCCCACUCCGACCUUUAAUUAGCUUUUUAACUCAAAGUGCAUGAAGUGAGGCCCAAACUGGAUCCUCCAAAGAUAUUCAGACACUUGUGGAACUGUUUAUGUCUCUUUAUUACUGAAAACCAACUAAUUUUAGCACUAAAGCCUUCAUCAAGGUGCUAGUCAACAACACAGUCCACUCCAAGCUCAUCACCAAGCUCAGGACCCUUAAACUGAACACCUCCCUCUACAACUGGAUCCUGGACUUCCUGACAGCGAUGAGGUAGCCUAUAGGGACAAAGUCAUAGACCUGGCAAUGUGGUACCAGGACAACAACAUCUCCCUCAAUGUCAGCAAGACAAAAGAGCUGAUCGUGGACUACAGGAAACGGAGGGGCGAGCACACCCCCAUCCACAUUGAUGGGGCUAUGGUGGAGCGGGUCGAGAGCUUCAAGUUCCUCUGUGUCCACAUCACUAAAUAAUUAACAUGAUCCACACACACCCACACAGUUGUGAAGAGGGCACGUCAGCGCUUCUUCCCCCUCAUUAGGCUGAAAAGAUUUGGCAUGGUCCCUCAGAUUCUCAAAAAGUUAUGCAGCUGCAAAAUUGAGAGCAUAUUGAUCGGCUGCAUCUCCGCUUGGUAUGGCAACUACAAGGAACCCAACCACAAGGCGCUACAGAGUGUGGUCAGUACAGCUUAGUACAUCACUGGGGCAGAGUUCCCUGCCAUCAGAACCUAUAAAGGAGGCGGUGUCAGAGGAAGGCCCCCCAAAAAAUCAGACUCAAACCACCCAAGCCCUUGACUGUUCUCUCUGCUACCGCACGGCAAGCGGUACCAGUGCACCAAAUCUGGAACCAACAGGACCCUAAACAGCUUCUACCCCCAAGACAUUAGACUGAUAAACAAGACUGCUAAAUAGCUAAUCAAAUGUCUACCCGGACUACCUGCAUUGACCCUUUUUUGCACUAACUCUCUUGCACUGACUCUAUGUACACACACUGGACCUUCCUAGUCAAGGUGCAAUGAUUGGGCUAGUGAGGAAAGGUUCUGUGAGGGACUACUGGACCACUGACCCCAUGCUGCAGACCCCUUUUCUCUCAACCCUUUUCUCCCAGGACCGCUUCCUUGUCUUGCUGAGAGCGCUCCACUUUGUGAACAACGGUACUGCCAACCUCGCUGACCCCCUUCACAAAAUUAGGAAUGUCCUGGGCAGCUUUGACCAGGGCAUUUAGAAGAGUGUUUGUGCCUCACAAGGACUUGUGCAUUGGUGAGUCUCUCAUGGUUUGGAAAAGGAGGCUUGCAUUCCGCCAAUUCAUCCCAUCAAAGCGCCACAGAUUUGGAGUCAAGUUUUUACUUUUAUGUGACUGUCUGACAGGAUAUGUACAGGAGUUGAUCAUCUACACCAGUGCCACCACAGAUACAGUAUAAGGCAUGUUGAGGGUCUUGGCAUAUCUGGAUCAGUGGUGAUCACCAUGCUGCAGCCUUACCACGGAAAGGGGCACAAUGUAUUUGUGGACAACUGGUACAGUAGCCCUAACCUUUUCCAGUACGGUUUGAGGGAGAACACAGGAGCCUGUGGCACAGUAAGAUCCCACAGUAAGGGGUGCCAAUAUUCAAAAAGAAAAUGAGCAAUGGGGAGGUGGAAUUCCAAACCAACAGGGCAGUGAAUUGGCACGACAAACACAAUGCCCAUGUUCUGUCCACUUUGCACACAUCCAAAAUGUCGGACACAGGAAAACUGGACUAUGUCACCGAAGAGAGGAAAAUGAAGCCAGACUGUGUCUUGUAGUACAACAAGAAGAUGGGAGCAGUUGACAAAGUGGACAGCAGGACAGUUUUGUUGAGUGUGCCAAAUAGUCCCUCAAAUGGUACAAGAAGCAAUUUUUCCCACCUAAUAGACAUAGCUCUCCUCAACGGCCACAUUGUCCACCGGCAGGUCACAAGACAGGUGAUCUCGUACCAGCAGUACAGGAUAAACCUGAUGUGGCGGCUCCUUGAGGACCACCGCACUCCUCAUUGUCCAUCCACUGGGGGCCGACCUGCAUCUGACAAUCCUCUACGCCUCAUUAGACACCACUUCAGACCACCCUGCAAGGGAAAAGCACAACGAGGUAUUGCAAGGUUUGUCUAUCAUCAACCAGCGACCAAAACAAAGGAAGAUGACCAAGUGCAUGUGCGAGCCUUGUAACACAGCCUUGUGUGCAGUCCCUUGCUGUGGCGAGUACCAUACCCUCAUGCACUACUGAGUGGAAAAUAGGCCUAUAGUGGCUGACAGGAAUAGCUUAUUGACCUAUGACCUGUCUAUUGACCUAUGACCAAUGACUGAUAAGAGUAGAAUCUGAGGGGGAUAGUUGUUGCUUUAUGCUGAUAUUUUUUUACAUGUAAUAUUGUAAAAUGUAUUGAAAUAUAUGACUUGAGGUGUUUGAUGCAUGGUGGGUGAGGGGGGAUUGGGGAAAUAUGUUUUUAAAAAGAUAGAAUUCUAAGAUGUGUUUGUUUACCUGAAAUGAAAUACUUUGUUUGACUCCUGGGCUCCAUUCCAGAAAUAAAACAGAAGAAAAGUAUGUAAUCAACAUUUGUUAUUCCUUGAUUUGUAAUCAAUUUCAAUCAAACUUUUCAAAAACAUAUUUUCCCUAGCCAACAACCUUUAGCCAAACCUGUUUCAUAAGCUGGCUGCUACUGCAGAUAUAUUUUUCCUAGGAAUAUGUAGUUAGUAAUACUUGAAGUUCAUACAAAUGUAACCAUGUUUUGGAAGGAGAGCAAUAACUGGUCCAUGUAACAUUCAGCCCUAGAUGACGCCAAAGCAUAAACCUAGAUAAUCCUGUCUAGCUCCAUAGUUUAUGAUAACCCAUUAUCUCUACAACCUCGCCUCACUCAUGCCACGGUCUCUGCAUACAAUAUAGCUGAUUACAUGCACACACCAUUCAAUCUGAUCACCCGCAAAACUACCUCACUUUGUUGCUUACAUUUUUGACCAAAUACAAUGCUAUUUUUCAGAGAACAAGUUAACUACUGACUUUCAGCAUGAAUAUAGACAAGGGCACUCACAAGGGCACUCACUUGCUAUGGCUUUACAUCACAUGCCAUCACAUGGUUGGAGGGUUAUUAAGCCAAUAGAACCCAGAGACUGUUCUUCAAUGGAAGCUUCUCUAACAUCAGAUUUGUACAGUGCGGUGUCCCUCAGGGCAGUUGUUACUUUCUCAAUUUUUACAAAUUAUUUGCCACUCAUGGCAAAUAAUGUGCUGCGAGCUGCCCAGUGACACAAGACUUCCAGACGAGCUAAGCCACUUCUAUGCUCGCUUCGAGGCAAGCAACACUGAAGCAUGCAUGAGAGCACCAGCUGUUCCAGAUGACUAUGUGAUCACGCUCUCCGUAGCCAAUGUGAGUAAGACUUUUCAGCAGGUCAACAUUCACAAGGCCGCAGGGCCAGACGGAUUACCAGGACGUGUACUAUGAGCAUGUGCUGACCAACUGGCAAGUGUCUUCACUGACAUUUUCAACAUGUUCCUGACCGAGUCUGUAAAACCAACAUGUUUCAAGCAGACCACCAUAGUCCCUUUGCCCAAGGACACUAAGAUAACCUGCCUAAAUGACUACCGAAACGUAGCACUGACGUCUGUAGCCAUGAAGUGCUUUGAAAGGCUGGUCAUGGCUCACAUCAACACCAUUAUAUCAGAAACCCUAGACCCACUCCAAUUUGCAUACCGCCCCAACAGAUCCACAGAUGAUGCAAUCUCUAUUGCACUCCACACUGCCCUUUCCCACCUGGACAAGAGGUACACCUACGUGAGAAUGAUAUUAAUUGACUACAGCUCAGCAUUCAACACCAUAGUGCCCUCAAAGAUCAUCACUAAGCUAAGGAUCCUGGGACUAAACACCUCCCUCUGCAACUGGAUCCUGGACUUCCUGACGGGCCGCCCCCAGGUGGUAAGUGUACGUAACAACACAUCUGCCACGCUGAUCCUCAACACGGGGGCCCCUCAGGGGUGCGUGCUCAGUCCCCUCUUGUACUCCCUGUUCACCCAUGACUGCAUGGCCAGGCACGAUUCCAAAACCAUCAUUAAGUUUGCCGACGACACAACAGUGGUAGGCCUGAUCACCGACAACGAUGAGACAGCCUAUAGGGAGGAGGUCAGAGCCCUGGCCGUGUGGUGCCAGGAUAACAACCUCUCCCUCAACGUGACCAAGACAAAGGAGAUGAUUGUGGACUACAGGAAAAAAAGGAGGACUGAGCACGCCCCCAUUCUCAUCGAUGGGACUGUAGUGGAACAGGUUGAGAGCUUCAAGUUCCUUGGUGUCCACAUCACCAACAAACUAUCAUGGUCCAAACAUACCAAGACAGUCAUGAAGAGGGCACGACAAAGCCUACUCCCCCUCAGGAGACUGAAAAGAUUUGGCAUGGGUCCUCAGAUCCUCAAAAAAAUUAUACAGCUGCACCAUCGAGAGCAUCCUGACUGGUUGCAUCACCGCCUGGUAUGGCAACUGCUCGGCCUCCGACCACAAGGCACUACAGAGGGUAGUGCGUACGGCCCAGUACAUCACUGGGGCCAAGCUUCCUGCCAUCCAGGACCUCUAUACCAGGCGGUGUCAGAGGAAGGCCCUCAAAAUUGUCAAAGACUCCAGCCACCCUAGUCAUAGACUGUUCUCUCUGCUACCGCACGGCAAGGGGUACCGGAGUCCGAAGUCUAGGUCCAAAAGACUUCUCAACAGCUUCUACCCCCAAGCCAUAAGACUCCUGAACAGCUAAUCAUGGCUACCAGGACUAUUUGCACUGCCCCCCCACCCCCACCCCCACCUCAUAUUUUUAUGCUGCUGCUACUCUGAUAAUUAUUUAUUUACAUGUACAUAUUACCUCAACUACCUCAACUAGCCGGUGCCCCUGCACAUUGACUCUGCACCGGCACCCCCCUGUAUAUAUAGCCUCCCUACUGUUAUUUUAUUUUACUUCUGCUCUUUUUUUCUCAACAUUUUUUUGUUGUUGUUUUAUUUUACUUUUUUAUAAAAAAAUGAAUGCAUUGUUGGAUAAGGGCUGUAAGCAAGCAUUUCACUGUAAUGUCUACACCUGUUGUAUUCGGCGCAUGUGGCCAAUACAAUUUGAUUUGAUUUGAUUUAGUCUUACACAAAGCUAGAAUGACUUUGUAUGCAGAUGAUUCCACACUCUACAUGUCAGCACCCAAAGCCAGUGAGCUCACUGAAAUUCUAAUCAGAAUGGGUGAUUAAUAAUAAACUGGUCUUAAACACAUCGGCUUCGGCUAAUGGGGAUCCCAAUAAAAUCAAAAAAUCUACAUGACUUGAUCCACCCUGCUCUGACUCCCCUCCAACCAGGCUAAAACCUAUCCAAGCCAUAAUACUCACCGCAUUUGAUGAUUGCGAAAUAUCUUCCUCGCUUGGCAACGAGGCAGGUAUCUGGCUGUCUGUAGUCUACAUGUCCAGUGGUGAUAAUACAGUUGAAGUCGGAAGUUUACAUACACCUUAGCCAAAUACAUUUAAACUAAGUUUUUCACAAUUCCUGACAUAUAAUCCUAGUAAAGAUUCCCUGUCUUAGGUCAGUUAGGAUCACCACUUUAUUUUAAGAAUGUGAAAUGUCAGAAUAAUAUUAGAGAGAAUCAUUUAUUUAUUAAUAUUCCCAGUGGGUCAGAAGUUUACAUACACUCAAUUAGUAUUUGGUAGCAUUGCCUUUAAAUUGUUUAACUUGGGUCAAACGUUUCGGGUAGCCUUCCACAAGCUUCCCACAAUAAGUUGGGUGCAUUUUGGCCCAUUCCUCCUGACAGAGCUGGUGUAACUGAGUCAGGUUUGUAGGCCUCCUUGCUCGAACACGCUUUUUCAGUUCUUCCCACACAUUUUCUAUAGGAUUGAGGUCAGGGCUUUGUGAUGGGCACUCCAAUACCGUGACUUUGUUAUCCUUAAGCAAUUUUGCCACAACUUUGGAAGUGUGCUCAUUGUCCAUUUGGAAGACCCAUUUGCGACCAAGCUUUAACUUCCUGACUGAUGUCUUGAGAUGUUGCUUCAAUAUAUCCACAUAAUUUUCCUUCCUCAUGAUGCAAUCUAUUUUGUGAAGUGCACCAGUCCCUCCUGCAGCAAAGCACCCCAACAGAAAUGCUGCCACCCCCGUGCUUCACGGUUGGGAUGCGGUUCUUCGGCUUCCAAGCGACCCCCUUUUUCCUCCAAACAUAACGAUGGUCAUUAUGGCCAAGCAGUUCUAUUUUUGUUUCAUCAGACCAGAGGACAUUUCUCCAAAAAGUACGAUCUUUGUCCCCAUGUGCAGUUGCAAACCGUAUUCUGGCUUUUUUAUGGAGGUUUUGGAGCAGUGGCUUCUUCCUUGCUGAGCGGCCUUUCAGGUUGUGUCGAUAUAGGACUCGUUUUUACUGUGGAUAUACAGUGGGGGAAGAAAGUAUUUAGUCAGCCACCAAUUGUGCAAGUUUUCCCACUUAAAAAGAUGAGAGAUGCCUGUAAUUUUCAUCAUAGGUACACGUCAACUAUGACAGACAAAAUGAGAAGAAGAAAUCCAGAAAAUCACAUUGUAGGAUUUUUUAUGAAUUUAUUUGCAAAUUAUGGUGGAAAAUAAGUAUUUGGUCAAUAACAAAAGUUUCUCAAUACUUUGUUAUAUACCCUUUGUUGGCAAUGACACAGGUCAAACGUUUUCUGUAAGUCUUCAUAAGGUUUUCACACACUGUUGCUGGUAUUUUGGCCCAUUCCUCCAUGCAGAUCUCCUCUAGAGCAGUGAUGUUUUGGGGCUGUCGCUGGGCAACACGGACUUUCAACUCCCUCCAAAGAUUUUCUAUGGGGUUGAGAUCUGGAGACUGGCUAGGCCACUCCAGGACCUUGAAAUGCUUCUUGCGAAGCCACUCCUUCGUUGCCCGGGCAGUGUGUUUGGGAUCAUUGUCAUGCUGAAAGACCCAGCCACGUUUCAUCUUCAAUGCCCUUGCUGAUGGAAGGAGGUUUUCACUCAAAAUCUCACGAUACAUGGCCCCAUUCAUUCUUUCCUUUACACAGAUCAGUCGUCCUGGUCCCUUUGCAGAAAAACAGCCCCAAAGCAUGAUGUUUCCACCCCCAUGCUUCACAGUAGGUACGGUGUUCUUUGGAUGCAACUCAGCAUUCUUUGUCCUCCAAACACGACGAGUUGAGUUUUUACUAAAAAGUUAUUUUUUGGUUUCAUCUGACCGUAUGACAUUCUCCCAAUCCUCUUCUGGAUCAACCAAAUGCACUCUAGCAAACUUCAGACGGGCCUGGACAUGUACUGGCUUAAGCAGGGGGACACGUCUGGCACUGCAGGAUUUGAGUCCCUGGCGGCGUAGUGUUUUACUGAUGGUAGGCUUUGUUACUUUGGUCCCAGCUCUCUGCAGGUCAUUCACUAGGUCCCCCCGUGUGGUUCUGGGAUUUUUGCUCACCGUUCUUGUGAUCAUUCUGACCCCACGGGGUGAGAUCUUGUGUGGAGCCCCAGAUCGAGGGAGAUUAUCAGUGGUCUUGUAUGUCUUCCAUUUCCUAAUAAUUGCUCCCACAGUUGAUUUCUUCAAACCAAGCUGCUUACCUAUUGCAGAUUCAGUCUUCCCAGCCUGGUGCAGGUCUACAAUUUUGUUUCUGGUGUCCUUUGACAGCUCUUUGGUCUUGGCCAUAGUGGAGUUUGGAGUGUGACUGUUUGAGGUUGUGGACAGGUGUAUUUUAUACUGAUAACCAGUUCAAACAGGUGCCAUUAAUACAGGUAACGAGUGGAGGACAGAGGAGCCUCUUAAAGAAGAUGUUACAAGUCUGUGAGAGCCAGAAAUCUUGCUUGUUUGUAGGUGACCAAAUACUUAUUUUCCACCAUAAUUUGCAAAUAAAUUCAUAAAAACUCCUACAAUGUGAUUUUCUGGAAUUUAUUUUCUCAUUUUGUCUGUCAUAGUUGACGUGUACCUAUGAUGAAAAUUACAGGCCUCUCUCAUCUUUUUAAGCGGGAGAACUUGCACAAUUGGUGGCUGACUAAAUACUUUUUUUCCCCACUGUAUAUACUUUUGUACCUGUUUCCUCCAGCAUCUUCACAAGGUCCUUUUCUGUUGUUCUUGGAUUAAUUUGCAAAGUACGUUCAUCUCUAGGAGACAGAACGCGUCUCCUUCCUGAGCGGUAUGAUGGCUGCGUGGUCCCAUGGUGUAUAUACUUGCAUACUAUUGUUUGUACAGAUGAACGUGGUACCUUCAGGCAUUUGGAAAUUGCUCCCAAGGAUGAACCAGACUUGUGGAGGUCUACAAUUAUUUUUCAGAGGUCUUGGCUGAUUUCUUUAGAUUUUCCCAUGAUGUCAAGCAAAGAGGCACUGAGUUUGAAGGUAGACCUUGAAAUACAUCCUAAGGUACACCUCCAAUUGACUCAAAUGAUGUCAAUUAGCCGAUCAGAAGCUUCUAAAGCCAAUACAUAAUUGUCAGGAUUUUUCCAAGCUGUUUAAAGGCACAGUCAACUUAGUGUAUGUAAACUUCUGACCCACUGGAAUUGUGAGACAGUGAAUUAUAAGUGAAAUAAUCUGUCUGUAAACAAUUGUUGGAAAAAUUACUUUUGUCAUGCACAAAGUAGAAGUCCUAACUGACUUGCCAAAACUAUAGUUUGUUAACAAUACAUUUGUGGAGUGGCUGAAAAACAAGUUUUAAUGACUCCAACUUAAGUUUAUGUAAAUUCCGACUUCAACUGUUGCUUCCGCUGUAGCCUAUGUUUUCCAGGGGAGAAUAAAUUAAAUGAAUUCAAAAAAUGAACAAAGAGUAUUUACGAUGCCAGCGUUUUCUUUAGCCAUGGUCGGCAGAAGUAAUAUGCUCAUACCCCGCUCUCACUUUGUUCGUCACUAUCAAAUACACCGGACCUACACCUCAGGUUUCCCGCCCUGUCUCACAUGCGCAGCCCCUCAGACAAGCUAAUACCAAAGCCUCUUUCAGAUAAUAACACAUGUAAUAUAGAUGAUAAUAAUAAUUAUAUAAUGAUCAAUAAUACUAUAGAUACUUGCUGCGACUACUAUAGGAAAAGAGGAUAAGAGAUUGAGUGGUAAAAAUGACUUCAUAUGAAGCAGACAAUGCAGUCUUAACCUUUUUACACGUGCCAAUAAACUGGUGUGAUCAUUCUACAGUGGACCCUGCAGCGUACGCUCAAACCGGUGUGAUUAGAAUGCUUAUUUAGAACGUCCAGAUUCGAUUGACGCAACAGUCAGCAUUUGAGCUAGCCACACUGUUUUUUCACAAAAACAUGUUGCACAAACACAGUCCUUACGAAGUUAUUUUUGGAUGCAAUGUUCAGACAUUCACAGAAGUAGUGACAGCAUACAAAAUCAUCCAAACCGGAAAAUGUAGGCCUGUAGUUCUACUGUAUCCUACAGUAGAAACAACAACAUGAUAUACAGAAAAUAAGGCAGUUACUUUGAUACACACAUGUCCAAAGUUAUUAUUUGUAAGGAAAACAACAAUGAAGGCAAUGCGAGAGCCAGCCAGAAAAUGUGCCAGUUCGUGCAAGACUGCGCAAAUGUCUGCAUACUUGAUCUGCGUUUGAGCAAGGAGGAUUGCAUUUGAAAGGUUUGAACAGGGCCUUUAUGAAUCAUAGUAUCUGAGAAAGGAAACAAGAAAGGAUGCAUUUGAAAUGUUUGAACUUGAACAGGGUCUAUAAGGAGUGAUAGUAUCUGACCUCUGCCCCCUGUAGACGAUGGCGGACCGAGUGGUGCUAAAGGACAUCCUUCCCCACAGGUGGUACCAGUUUAGGGUGAGCGCCAUCAACAGCCAGGGCACCCGCGGCUUCACCACCCCCAGCAAACACUUCUUCUCAAACAGAGGUAAGGGGACGGAGUAUCUCUAUCACUCAUAGUACCUUUCAACAGACUCUUCCUGUCUACAAUGUAUCUCUUCACUAAGUUUUGUCAAGCCUAACCUCUACCUCCUUCUCAUAAAGUAUGAAUGUUGCAUCUCCACUAUGACUGAUUUCCGUGAUUUAUUGAAAGUGCUUAUCCCAGUGAAUUCUGUUACAACGUUCACACACGCACACACAAGCACGCACAAACACUGCAAACACACACAGUACUCAGUCUUUGUGUGAUCUGGGCUGCGCUGCCUGUCAGAUGUUCUACGUGUUUUGAAGCGUUGAGAGGGAUGUUCUGUUCUGUCAGAAAUUAACCUUUUCCACAGCUGCAGUAAACAAAGGUUUCAGAGCACAGGAGGAGGUCGGGCAGCUCAGUCUUGUCUUGGCUGUCCUCUAUACAGAAUAUGAGAUGUUAGCCCAGGUCAGCAGACAGGAGGAACUUUAUUUAUUCAGAGAUUAAUCCCUCUCGUCUCUGAUGUUUUGGAGGACAGGGCGUUCCUAAUGCCAGACUGCAGGGAGGCGUUUGCCUGUUUGUGUAUGUGCGUGUGUGCGUGUGAGUGUGUAUGCUUGCGCGUGUAUGCCUGCAUUGUGUGUGUGUGUGUGUGCCUGUAUUUGCUGAUUGACAUGUUUUACAUCCACACCCACUCUCCCUCUGAAGGAGCCCAAAAAUGGAAUGGUUAGCAGACUGAGGUAAUAGGAAUCCAAUGCCAGGAAUGGCUCCAGUCAAACUCCUUUAUUUGAGUAAUUACCCAUGUUUGGAGUGAGUUCAUGAGGGGAAAAGACAAAUACGCUAUCUGGGCUGUCCUUGGCUCGUGGGCUUAGUGCUAGUCAGACGUGUCCACCACUCAGCAGCACGCUGUCACACACUCUGAGAUAAGUGUAGUAGGGCCGGAUAAUGUUAGGCUGCAGGCCAAUAAGUCCUAACUUAACUGCUGUUGUUGGAGUGUUUCUCCUUUCUUUACCUCAUACAGUCAGGAAUGGAGGGACCUAUAUUGUCACUAGUAUUGAGUAUCCAAACUACAAACACAAAGACACAUUAUUUUUAUAGUAGGCCCCUCUAGUAUUGUAAAACAAUUGUGUUUUGAGAUUUUUUUGAUACUCAGAGUUCAACACCUAAUAAAGGUACAAAACAAACAGUGGAACAAAAACGGGGGAUACAAAAGACUGCCGCUCGCCUCUGAGAUUACAACCACAGUCAUACCCACACUGUUUCCCCAUAGAUCCCUACUCCCCUGUCAGUCAGAGAGACAGGUCCUGACUGAUGUACACAGGGGGUCUUUCUGAAAACAAACACACACACGAAGACACAGACUCUCUCAGUAGGGACAGAACCCUCCUUAUUUCUCCUCUCUGUAUUGCGUGUCACCGCAUAUUCUCCCAGUUCAUAAAAUGUUGGUUAGGCAGGGCCAGAAUCAAAGCUACUCCAUAUCAAAGCUAUAUGGCCCUAACAUUGUACCCCAGACCUGUGGAUUAGAAUAACAUCUCUGUAUGUGGGAAUUGCAUUCUUAAUGAGAGACAGAGCUAGACUUGUAGUUUAAUGAGAGACAGAGGUAUGUUUCAAGGUAAUAUACCCUAAUGUAGCCAGAGGCUUUUGUUGAAGUUACUCUACAAUUCAAUUAUGACUUGUAAACAGCCAGAUCCAAUGUCAUUUUCAUGCUUUGAUUAUCUGAACAAAGAGCUGAGAAAUUGAAUGAAAGUGACGGCAACUAUAGCAGUUGACCAUUUAUUAAAGGUGUACCUGCAGCAUUAGAGUUCAACCCCAUGUUAAUUACUGUCAUUACACACACACACACACACACACACACACACACACACACACACACACACACACACACACACACACAUGCACACACACCUCAAAAUCACACUCUUCUCCUUUACAAAACCCUCUCUCAGGUAUAGUAUAUUGCCUCCUUACAACCCCCCCUUAAACUUUGCAAAUGUAUUUCCCAAAAGUAUGUUUGGUAAAUUCACAGCUAAGCAUUCUUCUUUCAUUUCAAAGUGUCUGGAGGUUUAUUUAUCUGGGUUCACCUUCCCUCUCCGUGGAACAUUAGCUGGGAGGAAUCUCCUGCCUCAGCACGACACACAGGCAGCGUCUUACACCUCACUGUUUCUGUCAUUCAGAUUCAUUUAAGUGCACACACACACACACAAACACACACACAUACACACAAAUUUCAGCUCAUUUAUUAUACAUUCUCACACCUAACCGUCACACUGGGAAUGGACUGUACGUGUGUAUUGUGUAACCUUGCUGAGUUUUGCUGAGCUAUUCACACACGGUUGCUUUCAGAGGCACAUUAGGGGAGUGUAAUAAGUGAGUGUUAGACUUGACAGAGGGUGAUAAAGUGUGGUAGAAUAUGUUCAAGCGAAUCAAGACCAUGUCGGUCGAAGCGUUGGUACUGCAUCACUAGCUUCAAUAAAAAAUCACAUUUGGGGGCAGCAAAUUAUUCCUUUUCAUUGCUCUCUUUUCUUUGUACAAGUACAGUAAUUGCUAUAUUUUCACAAUAUGCUAACCUCACCUUCACCUCUUCUGUCGUGAUACUCCACAAGCUCGUGAACGUUAAAGGAUAAUGAUGAAGAAUACUAACCCCAUCCUUCAUCUCUCUUCCCCAAGACCCCUUCCCCCCGGAGACCCCCCAGAGUGUGCGUGUUGGGAACGAGACCCAGGGGACGGACGGCAGCAAUGUGGGGGUACAGGUCCUCUGGGACGCUCCCAGAGAGAGAGACCUGCCUGUUCACCACUACAAAGUCACCUGGAGCCCCCGUCACGCCCCUCGCCCCUCCGCACAGGACAGGAAGGACAAUGCCCGGGUCACUCAUGGGGUAAGAGACUAACUACAAAUUAUUUUAAAUCAACAAACUUUACAUAAGGUAGCACUACUAAACUAUCCAAGCUCACUCAACUCAGUAACCCUUGCCUGCAAAACAGUUCACUCAAAUCUACUGUAACUCCAUAUCCCGAUGUGUGGCUGUACAGUAGUCACACUGCUCGGACGAUGUGAGAGUGUAUGUUGUCUCUUGUUUGCGCAGACGUCUUGCAGGUGCCUUCUAUACGUACAGUCGUGGCCAAAAAUAUUGGCACCCUUGCACUUUUUUCAAAUAAUGCACCAUUUCUUCCAGAAAACUGUUCAAAUCAAAAAUUAUUUUGUUAUCUACAUAUGAAUUUCUUUGGUUUGCAGUUGAACAAAACAAAAAAAUCUGAAUAAUUGACUAAAUGUUAGUUUAUUACACAAAGAAAUUCUAAAAUGGCCCAGACAAUAUUAUUGGCACUUCUAGAAGUAGUUAGAAAUAAUCGGAUUUCAAGCAGGUGAUUCUCCUUUACAUUGAAAUUGAACUUUAUUUUGCAGGUGCCUGCAAUAUAAAAAUCCCAAAUUCAACCAGUUUGAAUAGAAAAAAGGACUCAUUCUCCUGUUUUUGUGUCACUGUGUGUACCGCAAUGAGCAUGGAGAAAAUAAAGAAAACCAGAUAAUUAUCUGAGGUCAGACGCAAGAUCUCAAGGCUACAAGUCUAUCUCCAGAGACGUUGAUGUUCCUGUUUCCACCGUACGUAAUGUUAUCAAGAAGUUUAAGGCCCAUGCCACUGUAGCCAACCUCCCUGGACGUGGCCGCAAAAGAAAACUUGAUGGAAGACUGCAGCGAAGAAUUGUUCAAAUUGUGGAGAAAGCACCUUGAUCAAAUGCCACACAGAUUUAAGCUGACCUUCAGACACAAGGUACGACAGUUUUAACUUGCACCAUCCAACACCAACUCAAUGAAAGGGGGUUAUAUGGUAGGAGACCCAGGAGGACCCCACUGCUGAGAGAGAGACGUAAGAAAGCCCGACUGCAAUUUUCCAAAACACACCUGAACAUGCCAAAAUCCUUCUGGGAGAAUGUCCUGUGGACACACGAGACCGAAUUAGAGCUCACCAUCUCUAUGUUUACUGAAAAUAAAAUGAAGCCUUCAAAUAAAAUAACACCUUCCCUACAGUCAAACAUGGAGGAGGUUCAGUGAUGUUUUGAAGUUGCUUUGCUGCCUCUGACACUGGGUGCCUUGAACGUGUGCAUGACAUCAUGAAAUCAGGAGAAUACCAAGGCAUUUUGGAGUGCAAUGUCGGACCCAGUGUCAGAAAGCUGGGUCUCCAUCGAAUGUCAUGGGUCUUCCAGCAGAACAAUGACCCCAAACACACUUCAAAAAGCACCCAGGAAUGGUUCAAGAUAAAACGCUGGACUGUUCUGAAGUGUCCAGCAAUGAGUCCAGAUCUAAAUCCCAUUGAAAACUUGUGAAGAGAUCUGAAAACAGCAGUUGGGAGAAGGCACCCUUCAAUUCAAGAGGAGUGGGUCAAACUGUCAGUACAGAGGUGCAGGAAGUUCAUCGAUGGCUAUAGGAAGCGCUUGAUUGCAGUUAAUUUGACCAAAAGCUGUGCUACCAAAAAUUAAGUCUAUUGUGUCAAUUUUGUCGUUGCCAUUUCUGUUUAUUUUCUGAUUUAAAUUGAUAUAUUAAGUUCUGAAUCAAAACCAAAGGUUCUGUAAUAUUAACAGUGAAAUAAAGAAUUGCAGAGACGAAAUACUUUGGUCAAUUUCAACUUAUUUUUAGGGAAAAUUGUGAGUAACUUGAAAAAAGUGCAAGGGUGCCAAUAUUUUUAACCACGACUGUACAAACCUACACACGUAGCAGUAGCAGCACCUGGACUUAAUAAAGUGCUCUCCUCUGGAGUUAAUUCUCUACAAAAACUUGGAGAACAAAAGCAGCAGCUGCGUGUUUUAUUAUAACUUAACCGUUCUCCCGUAAAUCAACAGCUCUUGCAUGGUUUUUAUUACCAUAUUUGUUUUUACUAUAACACCGACUUCUGGUAUGAGGUAGCGUUCCAUUUCACAGAACAUUCUCAGGUAAAGAGCUACUUUUUGCACAUGGCAGGUGAACCAAAAACAUGUCAAAUUAAUGGAGUUUCAUUGCGUUACAAAUUGUGUUAUAAUUCGACUCCGAUAACUCUUGUCAAAUAACCCGGAGAGAUUUUGAAAAUACAUCAUAUAUACUGUAUGUGAAACGUGAUACGAAUGAUGUCUUGACCUCAAUUUUGCCCUUUAUUGAUUAACAUAAAUAUGCUGACUUCGUUUAGAUACCAAGCACUAUGACCAAGGCUUUGUCAAGGCUAUUAGGCUUUAAGUCUGUGUUUCACAUAAAUCACAUGACAGCGCAGCAGUCGUUGAAGAGCUGUAGAAGAAGGAAAAAGAUGUCGAGGGUCACUUCAUGAACACUAACAGUGCUUAACGGCCAUUAACUAAUGGCAAUGGUAGUCAAUGGAAAUCACUUGUUUUAGUCCAGUCCAGAGCUCUAUAAUAUGGUGAGUGAGUGGCCUGUUCAGGGUGUAUGGAGCCAAGGCCAUGGCCUUGGUGGGUUUGCAGGAGUAAUAAAGGAACGGGCUGGACCAUUUUAAAGAGCCCUAAUCCCUCUGAUCCCUUCUCCUGAUGGAGAUGGCAGUCCGGCCCUGCUUUGGGACACGGUCAGGAAUUUUUACAAGGGAUCCCAACGAAUGCGUUCCCAUCGAGAGCACAGGCAGCUGCGUCAUGCGCCACACACUCAUAUACACACACACACACACACAUACUGUAUAUACACACAUAUACAUGUACAAAUACAAACAUAUGCAUGCACCCAUACAUUUCUACUCCCACAUCACCCACCCAUAUUGAUAGUCACUCAUUUCACUCACGUACUUCCUUAACACUAUCACUGUCAUACUGUAGGCCUACAUAUACAGUAUGAACCAGACUUUGUCUAUAAGGCCGUUGAUGGCAGUCCCAAGCAGAUUACCUGCCUUCGCCUUGCUUUAAUCCACUUGUUUUGUCUGUAGUGAAUGUCCAUGCGUUGCUGUUGCAGAGGUAGAACGCUUCUAGCAAUGGCAAAUCAUAACAUGUCCAAGGUUGUGACAUUACAGACCAACACAAAUCACAAUCCCCCUGUGUCUUUUCACACACACAAGGAUGCACAUGCACAGGCACAUUAACACACACGCAUGCACCCACACACAUACACACCACACACAUAUACACACACGACUGUAAAGCAUGUGUUUUGGCUAUCUGUACGGCUAUGGAAAUAAUGAAUCCCACUUUUUCCAUACACGUCAGAGAAGGGAAUCUAAAAGCAACAGGCUUUUAAAUCUCAGUAUUGCAUUAGUAUCCAUUAUUAUCUAUCUGUCUAUCAUGUUAGUCAGGACCACUUGAAACCUUAUUUUGAUGUAAUGGAAAACAGCUCUGUGUGCGUGCACGCGUGCGCACGUACAUAUGUGUAAAGAUGAUCAAUCAGGAUGCGAGAGGAGUCAGAGAGUGCUUCUAGCGUUCACUCAAAACGGUAAUAUGAGCUGGCCAAAACACUGCCAGACCACAGAUAAUGGAUAUAUAUGUAUCUCUCUCAUUAAAAGACGUAUGUCAUCAGAAACAAACAGAUUUUAGCUGCUCUCGUGGCCUGUGAAGGUUAUUCUCACUUAACAGUCAUGCUUCCAUACCUGGCUAACCUUCAUCAGUCAAACUGGCCACAUAAAACACUUACUGGCAACAUUUAUAACUGUGUUGAGUGGAGAGCUAAAGUAUGCUGUGAUCCAAUCAUAUAAUUAGAAUGGAUUCUAAUGCCAUGGUUGUGGUUCCAAUACUGUUAAACAGCUUCCUUCCUCUCUUCAUAUCCUUCAUGGCCACUGGUGCAAAAAUAUUUAUUCUCAAAUCAAGGUAAUUCAUAUAAAUGUACUGUCGUAGUAAGUUUACCAACGCUUCUGAAGAUCGAUUAAGAAAUUCAUAGACUUUAGAUUGAUUUCAGCUAUGUAUCAUCAGUGCUGUGUGACAAGACAUAUAGAGAGUUUAUGGACAGAAUUUGUUUGAAAAGAUGACAGCAAUUGUGUGUUUAAUUGAAAACCUUGAAUGUCUGUUCGUCUCAGUGGUCAUGAAAUACAGGAGAUACAGUAUUUGAGGCUAAUCAAUUAUAUAUAUUUGCCAGGCUAUCCCUGUCAACUGACACUGUAUUGCCUGUCCAUCUCUCAAGCUAUUGUUGAUUGCUUGUUGAUUGCUUGCAGUCACAAAAAAAAAAAUGUAUGCACGCAUGACUGUAAGUCGCUUUGGAUAAAAGCGUCUGCUAAAUGGCAUAUUAUUAUUAUUAUAUUACUGUGUAUUAUCUAUGUCUCUGUCAGGCUCUGUGGUGACUGUGUUGACUGUGCUGCCCCUGUCAGUGGCUGUGACUAUAAUGACUGUGUUUUGUCUGUGUAUUAUCUGUGUCUCUGUCAGGCUGUGUGUGAGAUGGAUCUCCAGGGUCUGCUGCCAGGUACCUCCUACCUGAUCCAGGUCCAGGCCAUCUCCUACUGGGGACAGAAACGCCUGAAGAGUAGCCGUGCCCAGCUCACCUUUACCACUCAAACUACAGGUAAACUACUCUCCCUUACCACUCAAACUACAGGUAAACUACUCACCUAUACAAAUCACAGGUAAAUAAACAUUUACUACACAGACUACAGGUACAUUACUAUACCAGAGAAAGGUAAACUCAUGUUGGAUAUCACAGCAUAGGUACAAAAGAGAACUGGAUAAUCUCUACACUGCAAUCUAACCACAGGGUUCAUAUAGUCUACCUUCCAAACAGUGGCUCUGGGUGUCGACGCCUACCCUGACCUGGCUGCUUCCCUCUGAGGGCUAGGCUGAAAGACAUUACCCUCUUCCUCAGAAGCUAGGGCCUGGCUUGUAUCAGUCCUGUUGAUCAGAGCUUAUCAACGUCCCAAUGGUUGUGAGGUCAUCAAUAGGAGGGGCCUGGGGACCCCUCCCAGAGAGCACCAUUUAACCUUUAGCCUGACCUUUCAGUUGGGCGUACACACACAUACAUACGCAUGCACCUGUAAAGUACGUCACACUGCUUGCUUAGCGAGUACCACUUCCUCCUGUUUCGGCUCACACCGAGGCUCAAACCCAGGACCUUGCUAGCACACGUUACAGCCCUCCUGAAGCUUCUUACCAGUCGGCGCCACCUGAAAAGCUAGCUAUUCGGCGGCGCAAGUGGCGACACUUCAGGCUGAGGAGUAAGUUUCACACAUCCCCAUGUGCUACACACGCAUGCACACACACACACGCACACAUGUGCACACACACACACCAGCAUCCGCCACAUUCUGUGGGUUUCUCUCCUGUUGUUGUUUCUGUUCUUAAUUAGGUUGCAUAAAUCCUCACCCCAAAUUCUGGCAGAAGCAUUUCGAGAUGCACACACACGCACACACACGCAUGGAAACGCAUGCAGGCACACAUGCACACACAUAUCAUGGGGGCAUUGGUUGAACCCUCACAGCUUUCUGUUGGUUUUGGUCAGUCCCACAUGGACUCUCAAUGGCAGGCUUAAUUAUCCUGCUAGCCCAAUCCAUUUUUCAUAAAGUAGCUAAAACAUGUUUGUUAUUUUCCUAUGGCCCAAUUAAUAUAAUUUUUCUUGUAAGUCAGCUCCUUUUUUAUAAGUCUUACAUUUUUUCAUUCAUUUUUAUCAGCACCUGGUGUUCCCCUCAUGUGGCCUUUAAAACGCAACUUGGAUUGUAAAAAUCCCACUUCAUGGAUAUACCUUGCCUUUACGUGCUAUACGCUGGCAAUAAGGCUCUUUGAAUGGCAGUUCAGGCAGCAUAAAUAUUUAUAGAAAAGUGGUUGACCUGUGUAGGAGGAAUGGUGCUUUACUUCUGUGCUGAGGAAUGGUCCUUUACUUGUACAAUAGGGGACAGGAGGAAAAUGCAUUGAGUUUUCAGCACUAAACGUUUAAGGCUGAGUGUGUUUUCCUAGUUUGGACACUAUGGACAGACAGCAUUAAGGCCAUUUCUGAUGGUACUAAUUCAUGUGUUGUUUGUAUAACAUACGCUGUCAUCAAAUGUAAUAUGAUGUCAUGUUUUAAGUUAUACACAAUCUUCAUCCUGACUGUAUUUCAUAUAGUGCUAAAGGGGCAAAAAUAGUUGGUUUUUUAGUAUUAGGGUACAUAUUGCAAUGUUCUAACUGGUGUGAAGCAACAUAUUCUGCCCUCUUUCAAUUCAGAGAUCUUGUGCCAAAUGAAACUGCAUCUCUCUCUUCCCUCUCUCUUCUUCUUCUUCUCUCUCCCCUCUCUCUCUCCUCCCCCUUUCUCUCCCCUCCCCUCUCUCUCCCCCUUCCCUUUCUCUCCGCCUUCCCUUCCAUUUCUCUCGUCUCUCUCUCUCUCUCUCUCUCUCUCUCUCUCUCGUCUCUCUCUCUCUCUCGUCUCUCUCUCUCUCGUCUCUCUCUCUCUCUCUCUCUCUCUCUCUCUCCCUAAAUCAGCUUUGUCAUCUCUACCUGCCCCACCAGGUCCUGUGCAGACUAAAGGAGAGUUCUCCAACGAGCUCCCCUCCGCCCCCCACCUCAUCAACCCUGCUGCCUCCGAACCUGCCCCCCACCUCGCUACCCCACACAACCUGCACCUGGAAGCCGCUGCCCCCCACUACCACAAUGACCAGCUGCAGGUCAAGGUCUUUUGGAAGAGAUGGCACCAGGGCAAGUUAUACAACAACAACAAAAAAGACAACAAGACGUUACACCCCUCCUAAUCUCCUUGUUGAUAUUACAGCCACAGGAAUCCCACAGAAUGGGUCAUGGGAAGGUUGGGAAACAGGCAGCACCCGUUACUCCUUUAUGGUUUGGGUUCUUUCCCACAGUCACUAGGUCAGUUAGUUACUUAGUUAAGUGGGGUUCCAGGAUGUCUCUCACAUCUGCCCUUUCCCAGUCUGACAAUUUUAAAGUGAUACAGAUGUAGGAUCUUAAUUUGAUCACUGUUUUGUUGCUGAACAUUUUCAUGCGCAGCUGGAAAUGCAAACUUGUAGUGUAUUUGAGUUUUAAAAAGGCUUCUAAAGUUUGUAAUAUCCACUGAAAUUUCAGACUUGAUUUGCCCUAAAGAAAAAUGUAUCAACCCCUACAAAAAUGCCCAUUAAUAAUAAUCCACAUAAUUCACAUUUCCUUUUGCUGCAGGAUUAUUUUCCUGCUGUAGCAAACUGGCUCAAAUUAAAGAUACUACAUCUGUAGUGCAAUCAUAUGUGUUGUCAUAACAGUCAUAUGUGUUGUUAUACCAACUACUUGUGUCUUUAGAAUAGAGGCACCACUGUAGCAGCUGAGUGAACUGACUCCCAGUAGAGGUGUGAGAAGCCAUCCAGGGAAACCACAAACCCCCCCCCCCACACACUACACAGACAUCCAGAGCCAGAGACAUUGCUGUGUGCUUGUUCAUCUUUGAGUGUUUCCAAUAAACACUGUUUUUCACAAAGCCCAUUUCAAAUAUGCUCCAUAAGCAACAUCUUAGAAUAGUGUGUUUGGCAAGGUGAUGGCAGGCGUUGUGCUUCAUAAAUAAGAGGUGGUGAUUGGACAUUAUCUGCCUGCGAGAGAAUAAGAGGAACAUGAGGACAAAUUUAAUAACAUUAAUAUGGGAAUAUAACGGGGAGCAGAUGUGUGUGUGAGAGAGAGAGAGAUAGAGAGCAAGAGACAAAGGGAGCAAGAGAAAGAAAGAUAGAGAGAUCAUUGUUGUCUGGGGUUCAACCUGGAGAUCAUGGGGAGAUGGAUCUGAUGAAAGAAGGAAGCGAUGGAGAGAGAGGCUAUACAACAGGCUACUCACGCUCCGUAUCUGAUUCAGAAACCCUGGUUCGAGACUGUAAUAACACUCAAAACUGACAUUGGGUCUUUGCUCUACUGGUGUUUGUACUACAACAGCCAAUAUGUUUCUCUAUAGGCCUACAUGACCUUAUUAUAUAGCACCACAAAACAUAACACUGUAUCCACCUUCUGUUGUGCUACAGAAACCCCUAAGGACUUCACUACAUACGUACUGAGGUGGUAUCCUCAUGUGUGUGCCAGCAACAUCACCAAGACAGAGAAAAAAGCCACUGUGCAGGUAAGUUUCAGAGCCAGCCACAGAUUUUAACAGCAUUUCCACAACUCCGUUAGGCCAGAUGGCUCUUGGCUGAUAUUGUGAAAGAUUCCAAUACUGUUUUAUAUUGAAUUGUUACCGCCGUUUUGAAGGAGGCCAAUGGGGUUUACCUUGGAAUUGUAACUGCUGGUCUCAGUGAUAUGCUACGUUAUAUCCCUCAGCUUCUCCACAGUGUGUGACUAUUGGAUUAGUCAUAUAAUGAAUAAACUCUCCCUCCGCUGGAGUGGACUUUUAGUAUCAUGGACACAAGCUUUAACAUGGUUUGCCACACAUCUAGAACUGUUUAGGCUCUGGUGAAUCAGGACAAUGUUUUCCCAAAAGGUAGAGACUGAGUUGGGACCCAAUGGUGGGUUGUGACUGAUUCCAUCUGGUAGGUGAUGACUAGAUUGUAUACAGUUAGCGAGAGACAUUGGUUUGGUUUAUUGGGUGAAUAAUCAAGAAGCUUUUUAUAAGCUUUUGAUGGGUCACAGCAGAAAAACAGUUUGGGAACCACUGAUUGAGAUUGAGAGCAUAUGAGCCACCUAGAAAUGAUAUGACUCCAAUGGAUUUGACUGGAGUCCUAUUCCCUCUAGUAGUUACCCUGGGUGUGUGUGUUUGGGGUUUGGAGGGUUUGGACUUCAGCAAUAGAACCAGCCAGAGACCCAGAGGACCUUGCUGCUGUUGUUUAAUAGACAGAGGAAUGUGACUGGCUGGCCAGUUCUGUUUGCUCCUGCCCCCAUCCAUCAGGACAGAACAGUUUAGGGUUUAGAUUACAACCUCAACCACAUUUUAAUCUAUAUCCAACACUCAUAGGUCCCAGUCCUGCACCACAGGGAUUACGAUGCAUAGAGAGUAGUGAGGUGUUGUCUGAUAUGGAUGAGAGAGAGAAAAGGGUCUGGUGUUGGUGUCACAGAGUCAAGUAUGUAAUUUAAUGCCUUAUAGGACCAGUCCAACUCUGACUUAGACCCAGCCUAGUCAUUUCAGCCAGCCCACCCCAGAACAGAACAUGUUUCUCCAUGGUUUCAGUUGGGUUGUGACUCAGAUAACAUUAUUAGAGACAUUUUAGUCAUGCAUAAUGUUCCAGAAAAGUUAUCCUUCUAGGGGAACUCAUUCUAGGUGUUGGCAACUACCACCACUAAAUUAUUUAUGUACUGUGUUCUGUACUGUGCCAAUGUACCACUCUAGCAGGGAGGGCAUCGGGAACAAAUAGCAUUAAACCAUUGAUUCUCUGGGCUCAAGGCCAGAGAGAACUGUAACAAUUCCUCUUAUCUCACAGCAUCUCAGAGAGAGAGAGAGAGAGCGAGAGAGAGAGAGAGAGAGAGAGAGACCAUAUCUGCUAACUCUGUCUCUGCGCCACAUAUUGCUUCAUACUGAGAUCAGACUCUUAUUGAGUGUAGCCUAUCUUCUUCAUCUUCAUAAAAACGAGCCGAAGCAGAUCUGCGACAGAAAGCAGUGCGGCUGCCAAGACCAGAGAAGCGAGGAUCUGUAGCUAGCUAUCUCCCACUGCAUCUGUCAUUUGGCCUGGCUGGGCGCUGUGUGUGUGUAAUGGAACUGUGUGAGAAGUAUGACCCGUCGCUUUACGAGAGAGGCUAGAGAGAUCGCAUAUCGCAGCGUAGCGCACAGCUUUCAUCGUCAUAACUAUUUUAUUUAUCAUCCUUUUGUUCCUGUCUGUUUGCCUUUUACAUUCUUCCCUCAUUUGAGACUAGAGUUGGUUGGCUGGCUGGCUGGUGAAGAGUUGUUCAGCUUUUUCUCUCUCUCUGCUACUGUCUUUCUCUCUCUCUCUCUCUCUCUCUCUCUCUCUCUCUCUCUCUCUCUCUCUCUCUCUCACACACACACACUUCUCGCCUCUAUGCUGUGUUGAUUGAUGAUGUCUCCCUGUUCUUCUUUCCCCCUCUCAUCUUCACUUUUCUUCUCUCCUCACCUCUCCCCUGCUCUCUUCUUUCUCCUCUCCUCUCCUCUCCUCUCCUCUCCUCUCCUCUCCUCUCCUCUCCUCUCCUCUCCUCUCCUCUCCUCUCCUCUCCUCUCCUCUCCUCUCCUCUCCUCUCCUCUCCUCUCCUCUCCUCUCCUCUCCUCUCCUCUCCUCUCCUCUCCUCUCCUCUCCUCUCCUCUCCUCUCAGGGAACACAUUAUGUUAUCACAGGGCUGCUGUUCGCCUGUAAGUACUGGAUCGCUGUGGCGCCCGUAGCAUCAGAGGGGGAUCAGAGGUCAGAAGCUUUUACCGUGGUAACAACCCCACCUUGGUGUGCGGUCAGGGCGAGAGGGGGCAAGGCCGUGCCCUGUGCCAGAGAAGGUAUGGCCAGCUCCACACAUGCCCUAACACACACACACACACAGCAUGGAGCAAGUGAAUAUCUGACAGACUGAUUGAAUAUCAUCAGGAGUGUGAAAGCACUGUUUAUGCAAAGGUUCUUCCUCUCAAUGAGAAUCAUAUACGUUGUAUCGAUGAUUCUAGGACCUCUGGAAUAUUUAGGUCCUUUCUUUUGUACUAACUGUAUAUUGAUUAUGGGUCCAAAUUAUUAUUAAGUAAGGAUGUCUAAAUGUGUGUUUCCCUGUGUCAGAGCGCCCCCUCGUGUCCAGGAAGGUGGUACUGCGUCCUAAGAAGCUGUCAGCAGAGUUCCACACGGUCAACGGCUCCCUGCAGGGCCUGUUCCGCUGGCAUCUCUCCCAUACUGCACCGGGGCAGACGCCCAUUGCAGGGUUCCAGUUCUCCUGGGUCCAGGUGUCCUCCAGCGCCAUGGCAACAGAGGAACAGGACACCCUCAUCUCUCAGACACGGAUAGUGGCCCCGGUGAGACCCUGUGUGUGUGUGUGUGUGUGUGUGUGUGUGUGUGUGGUUGUGUGCUAUCUUCUCUGACUGCAAGCUAUCCAUAUACUUCCCUCCCUGUGUACUCAUGUUCUGCUGCUCUCCCUCCCCUAGGACCAGCACUCUUUGACAGUGGAGGGGCUGCAGCCAGACAGUGUGUACAAGCUGCAGGUCCAGGUGCUGUCAGCAAGGGUCAAUGGCCCCUCAGUGGCCCGGACGCUUCACACACCUUCCCUCAACGCCACUCUGCAAUGAGGUACUGCUUCAGGACCUAACAUCUCACACACUCACAAGACAAACUACUCACUGACAUAAUAACCAAUUCCUUAACAGCCAAUUUCUACUGAGUCAAAAAAUAAAUUAAACAAACCCCCCUGUCAACUGGCUCCAUGACCCCUGCUAGAGAGAGAGAGAGAGAGAGAGAGAGAGAGAGAGAGAGAGAGAGAGAGAGAGAGAGAGAGAGAGAGAGAGAGAGAGAGAGAGAGAGAGAGAGAGAGAGAGAGAGAGAGAGAGAGAGAGAGAGAGAGAGAGAGAGUGUGUGUGUGCGUGUCGUGUUAGUAACCCAUAAGAGUGUGUGAGAUAGAAAAGCUCGCUCUUCUAGGGUUGGGUUAUUUCGCUCUUCUAGGUUGGGUUAUUUAUUUAAUUUAAACCUGGCGAGAGUUGUGGAACAGGAACACAGAGUUAGUUCCAUAGAGAAAAAGAGACUCCCAGAGACACUACCUGGUAUGGUGCUGCAGUGUUCCAUAAUUCCCAUUCAGAAUGGACACUUGGAGGACAGUGGGAGCACUAGGAGAGGGAGCCAGAGAGGGAGAAUCAAAGCUUUGGUACCUCAACAGAAAGAGCCUGCGUUUGUCCAAUUUUGAACGACGAUGGAGGUCUCCCAUCUCUGUGCAACUUCUAACUAAUCACAAAUUAAAAUGGAAUCUACUAAGAUUGUCCUUUUAUCAGGCCAUAAGUCUUUAUUUGGUGCACUCCUUUUAGCCACAGCCUUAUGUCUUGCAGCUUUGGCCAAGCGUAGGGCUUUACAUAGAGAACAGGGAGUAAUUUGAGAAAUGUACCGUAUCGGAUUUUUGUGAGAGUUUUUGGUUUGAUUUGCAUUAAUGACACAGGUUGUUUAUAUCAAAUAUAACCUCUGCCUGAUCCCACCAAUCACCAUCCUCUCUCUGUUUUUCAGGUUCCUCCCCCCAGCGUGCUUCAUGCUCUGCCUGAUCCCACCAAUCACCAUCCUCUCUCUGUUUUUUAGGUUCCUCCCCCGAGCUCUUCAUCACCAUCGCAGUCGCGCGUAUUGAGAACAUAUCGCCACAGCCUGUCUGUUUACACACACACGCAAGCACGCAAUCCCAGUCUCUGUUUUGUCUUUAUCACACAGAUAUAUUGCAUGAUGGACAUCACCUUCACCUGAAAGAUCAAGUAAAUCUAUACCAAGUCUGGCCAUUAAAGUUACAAUACAUGUAUGUUCAAUGUUUAGAGAUGAUAGUUUUCAUGUAUAAUGUAAUCAUAUUAGUAUUUUUUUUUA